CCAUGGGCCGGCAGUGAGUGAGCGGGCCCGAGGCCAUGCCCAGGCGGCUGGCGGGGCCCCCCGCGGGUCCCCACGGGGAGGAUUUCUCCUUCGUGAGCCCGCUGGUGAAGUACCUGCUCUUCUUCUUCAACCUGCUCUUCUGGAUGAUCUCGAUGGUGAUGGUGGCCGUAGGCAUCUACGCCAGGCUGAUGAAGCACGCAGAGGCGGCUAUGGCUUGUCUUGCAGUGGAUCCCGCCAUCCUGCUCAUCGUGGUCGGCAUCCUGAUGUUCCUGAUCACCUUCUGUGGCUGCAUCGGCUCCCUGCGUGAGAACAUCUGCCUGCUGCAGACGUUCUCAAUCUGCCUGACCGUAGUCUUCCUGCUGCAGCUGGCAGCUGGAGUGCUGGGCUUUGUCUUCUCUGACAAGGCACGCGGGAAGGUGAGCGAGAUCAUCAACAAUGCCGUCGUGCAUUACCGGGAUGACCUGGACCUGCAGAAUCUCAUCGACUAUGGGCAGAAGGAGUUCAGUUGCUGUGGGGGUAUCUCCUACAAGGACUGGUCCCAAAACAUGUAUUUCAACUGCACUGCUGACAACCCCAGCAGGGAGCGCUGUUCUGUGCCUUAUUCGUGCUGCUUGCAUGCAGCUGACCAGGCUGUCAUCAACACCAUGUGUGGCCAGGGGAUGCAAGCCAUGAACUACCUGGAGGCCAGCGAGUUCAUCUACACCAAUGGCUGCAUCGACAAGCUGGUGAACUGGAUCCACAGCAACCUCUUCCUGCUGGGGGGCAUCGCGCUCGGCUUGGCCAUUCCACAGCUGGUGGGAAUCCUGCUCUCCCAGAUCCUCAUCAACCAGAUCAAAGACCAGAUCAAGCUGCAGCUCUACAACCAGCAGCACCGAGCAGAUCCUUGGUACUGAAACCCCACCCAGAAGAGCGAAUGCCUCUCGUCCCGUGGCAGGGAACGGCGUGGGGAGGGACACGCCCCCCAGGAGGAAGAAGAGACCUGCAUUUUUCCCUGCUAUUGCUCACCCUGCCCUGCAGGGGACUGGACAAGGGGAUAGCCCCCAGGAGAGACCCCCAGGCAGCCAGCGAGAGGCUGCUGUGUCUCCAGCAUCAUCUGUAGCAUCCCCGCCCAAGUAACUGACAUCUUGGUCCCCCUUUUUUGGCAGCUUUUUUUUUUUUUAUUUUUAUUUAAAGAGGGAAAAGAGCAAAAUAUUUCCCAGCUGCCCCGGCCCUCUCAGGGAAUUGCCUUGAAAGCUGCCUUGGCUGCAUCUUCCCCUAGAAGGCUGACGCUCUGGACCCGGGCUGGGCUGGCUGGUACGGAAGGGAGGUACGUGGGGGGGUUGGCGGUAUAAUGCAGGUACAAGCGUCUUUCCUCCUGUGUGGUCUUGGAGUAUUGGGAGGGGGGCCUAGCCAACUUCCUGCCCCCCAGGCCUGGACCAGCUGGCUGUAUCCAGAUGGGAGUGACACCAGACAGGAGAAUGAUCAGCCUCUGACCCUGCACUGAUCUUUACUGAUACACUGAAGCCACAGGAGCAUCAGGAGGGGGCUGCUAAGGGGGGAG